CGGGCGUUAAAAAAAGAAAGAAUAACGUAAAAAGAAAUGACGCGGAGGAAUCGUGUGGGACCGCAAAACAGCUCCGUUGUCCAAAUUCCGAAACCAAAAAAACUCAUUACUCUAGGCUCGGUGGCACCAGAUCACUUCUAGGCGCUUUGUUUCAACAUUCCUCCAUUCUCUUCUUCUUCUCUCCCUCUCUUCUUCAUCUUUUCGAUUAGAUCGAAGCAAAAAUGUCCUCAGCGCCGUCUCCGACACCAUCUCCUCCGUCUCCACCGUCUCCACCCUCAAACACCACAUCCUCUCCUCCUCCAGCCUCCUCUCCUCCUCCGACCACACCUCCCCCCUCUCCUCCGCCGCCGUCUACUAAUUCAACAUCUCCUCCGCCGUCGCCAUCUAGUAAUUCAACAUCUCCUCCUCCGUCUCCAACCCCUCCCUCAAAUCCGCCGGGAUCUUCAGCUCCUCCUAGAUCCACCCCUCGAACCCCUACAUCUCCAAGCUUAGGACCACCGUCGAAUCCCUCAAGCGGAGGAGGAGGAGGAGGAGGAAGCAGAGGAGGAGGAGGAUCUAAUUCUCGACCUUCAUCAAACUCUUCGCCGCCGUCUUCCUCUUCCGGAUUAUCAACAGGAGUAGUGGUUGGAAUCGCCAUAGGAGGAGUCGCUGUGCUUGUUGUGUUAACUAUGCUUUGUCUCCUUUGUAAAAAAAAACGACGAAGAGACGAUGAAGCUGCUUACUAUGUUCCCCCUCCUCCUCCUGGUCACAAAGCUGGAGGAGGACAUUACGGUGGACAGCAACAAUACUGGCAGCAACAAAACGAAUCGCAACCGCCAGCUCACGUCGCGUCGGCACUUCCAGCACCACCAAAGCCACCUUCUCAACCACCUCCGCCGCCUCCACCACCGCCUUUGAUGAACAGCAGCGGCGGGAAAGGACGACCUACAAUGGAAUGGAGCACGAGAUUGAAGAUUGCUCUUGGAUCUGCUAAAGGACUUUCAUACCUUCAUGAAGAUUGCAAUCCUAAAAUCAUUCACCGUGAUAUCAAGGUGGCAAACAUACUGAUGGAUUUCAAGUUUGAAGCUAAGGUUGCUGAUUUUGGUCUGGCCAAGAUUGCUUCUGAUACAAACACUCAUGUAUCUACACGAGUGAUGGGUACUUUCGGGUACUUAGCUCCGGAAUACGCUGCAAGCGGAAAGCUAACAGAGAAGUCAGACGUUUUCUCAUUCGGAGUUGUACUUUUGGAGCUCAUAACCGGACGUCGUCCUGUUGAUGCAAACAAUGCAUAUGUAGACGACAGCUUAGUUGAUUGGGCACGACCGUUGCUUAACAGAGCAUCUGAGGAAGGUGACUUUGAGGGUUUGGCUGAUAAAAAGAUGAAUAAUGAGUAUGACCCAGAGGAGAUGGCUCGUAUGAUUGUGCGUGCGUUAGAAGGAAACGUAUCGUUGUCGGAUUUGAACGAAGGGAUGAGACCGGGUCACAGCAAUGUAUACAGUUCAUAUGGAGGAAGCACCGAUUAUGACUCGAGCCAAUACAAUGAAGACAUGAAGAAGUUUAGGAAAAUGGCACUUGGGACUCAACAGUACAAUACGACCGGCGAGUACAGUAACCCGACCAGUGACUAUGGACUGUACCCGUCUGGUUCGAGCAGCGAGGGACAAACCACACGCGAAAUGGAGAUGGGGAAGUUUAAACAAGCUGGUCAAGGUUACGGUGGACCUUCUCAUUAAACCGUAAGGGGGAAGAAAAAUUGCAUGGUUUUUUUUUCUUCUUUUUUUGGGAUUCUUUAACUGUAAAGAUUUGAGGAAAUUGCCUUACUCUCUAAUUGAAGCUACUACGAUAUAAGUAUUGAUACAUUUUUAAAAUUGUUUUCGUUUUUGGUUUCUUUCUCUAGAAGUUGUGAUCUUGAUAUACUUAAGAUUGAGG